AUGACAGAGGUAGAACCACCCACAGUUACGGAACUGAAUAAAACGUUUUAUAUUCCGCAUCACGCCGUCCUGAAGGCAGAUUCUACAUCUACACCACUCAGAGUGGUCAUGGACGCAAGCAGCCACGUUCCGGGAAAGAUGUCACUCAAUCAGGCGCUAUAUAGUGGCCCUAAAUUACAACGCGACCUAGUUGAAAUUCUGAUAAACUUUGGACUCCACAAGUAUGUUAUGCUCACGGAUAUCAGACAAAUGUUCAGAAUGAUACAAGUGGAGCCCCGGCAAAGACAAUAUCAACGUAUCCUGUGGCGCCCUCAUCCAGACAGUCCGAUCACCGAUUACCAAUUGAAUGUCCUCGUGUUCGGCUUUACGUCAUCUCCUUUUCUAGCAAUCCGAACGCUCCUGUAUCUUGCUGAUAAAUAUAAAGAUUUCCCGGUAGCUUCACAAAUUUUACGUACGCAAACUUUCGUGGAUGAUUUUACUUUCGGAAACGACGAUCUAGAUAUGAUUGAAAACAUGCGCGAUCAACUUAUUGGAUUGCUUAGCAAAGGUAAAUUUGAACUGAGGAAGUGGGCAUCCAAUACAAGAUCCCUUUUGGACGGAUUUCCGGAAGAACACAUUCAAAAUAUAGAUUUUUCAUUCGAUUCCGAAAGUAACGUUUCCUUGAAAAUUCUUGGUUUGAAGUGGUCCCCUGUAAAAGAUCAAUUUUUCUUCACGUUUAAAAACUUCGAAUCGAAAUGUACUAAAAGAACAAUGCUCUCGGAGUUAGCACGCACAUUCGAUCCGAUGGGAAUUUUGACGCCCAUAACCUUUCACACGAAGAUACUGAUACAGCGGUUGUGGACGUUAGGCCUGGGCUGGGAUGAAAUACCGCCAAAGGAUCUUGUCGAUAAGUGGUCACAUUUCAAGGGAGACCUCACGGUGUUAUCUUCCUUUGCACUACCACGGCAUAUCGAUUUUCGCGACACGUAUUCAUGUCAUUUAAUUGGGUUUUGUGAUGCUUCCAUAGAGGGAACAUGUACGGUCACUUAUUUGAGAAUUGAAUACAGAAGUUCAGCAGUCAAGGCGCAUUUUUUGUUAGCGAAAUCGAAGGUUGCCCCCUCACAAUCAGUUUCUUUACCUAGACUGGAAUUAGAUGCUGCGGUUCUUCUAUCAAAAUUGUUGAAGUACGUAACAGAGGUACUCAAAGACAAGAUAUGUCUGGCGGAUAUCUUUGCCUUCAGCGACAGUUCCGUGGCCCUCUCUUGGAUUAAAAAUUCACCGCAUCUAUGGAAAACGUAUGUCGCAAAUAGAGUGGCUUUCAUUCAGGAAAGAGUCCCACCUAAUAAGUGGCAUCAUUUACCCAUAAACAGAUUAACUCGUUGGAAACUGUUGGUUCGCAUGCUUACGGAUUUUUGGAAAAGAUGGAAAACCGAAUACUUACACACCCUUACUCAAAGAUCGAAAUGGCACUUUCCAGAUAAGUCAACGCCCAGAAUAGGCGACAUGGUUUUGAUAAAAUCGGAUAAUGAACCCCCACUAGAAUGGGCUUUGGGACGAAUAACCGACUUAAAUUACGGCACAGAUGGUAUUGCGCGAGUCGCCUCAGUGAGAAUCGCGAAAGGUAUAUUGCGUAUGCCCUUGGUCAAGCUGUGUCCCCUGCCCACGUAUUGA